UCUAUCGCUUGGCUUGGUCGCUCAAACUUGUCUAUCUUAAAUGAGGAAGAUACAGGUGCAUCAUCAAAUCUGAAGACCAUGGGAAUUUGAGCAAGUUCAGACUUGUUAUGGAAAUAAACAAAAGAUAUGUGUGAUUGAUGCAAGCAGGGGCUUGACUAAAUAAAAAACACAUAUAUAAAAGUCUUAAAAGUAUAUAUUUGCUCAUUUAUUUAUGCAGAACUUAUACGAGUUCACUAGAUUGGAUAACUGACGAAAAUCAUACAUAUUUUAUGGAAAUAUUCUAAGCAAACAACGGAUUGUUUUCAAUACAUUACAACGGAACAAUAUCUUCAUACAUUAGAUAUCGCUGAGUUCAUAUGAAGACAGGUAUUAAGUGUGUCAGACGUACGCAUUCCACUGUAGUUGGACCUCGGCUAUUAGGCACACGAACAAAUCUUCUAGCAAGUGUGACAAAGAGAGGAUCAUCAUUGGCCAUACAUGUGCCAGACUUUUGUGGCGUAUGGACGAUUUGUGGAAGACAUUGUUGGACCUAAGUUAUUAGGCACACGAACAAAUCUUUCAGCAAGCCUGACAAGGAGAGGGUCAUCAUUGGCCAUACGUGUGCCGGACUUUUUGUGUCGUAUGGACAAUUUACGGAAGACAGCCUCUUGAAGAAAAAAUGUUUCCUAUUUAUGUUGUAUUUUUACUUCAACAAAUAGUUUGACGUCUGAAAGUUAUUUGAACAACAACAUACCCGCAAAGAUGUUGUCGGAAAAACCGAGAGUUGGUCUGUCGGAAACACGAAAGGUGACAAAGUCGACGAUGGAGAAGAAAAGACGAGCCAGAAUCAACUCCAGUUUGACUGAGCUGAAAAAUAUUCUGGCUGGGAUGGUCACUAAUAAGGGUGAGAGGUUCGAAAAAAUGGAGAAAGCAGAUAUUUUGGAAAUGACAGUCAGUUGUGUUCGACAACUACAACGCCAGUCACAAACAGGUGACCAGAUGUCCCCAGUACCGAGCGACGAAGAAUAUAAAAGCGGUAUAGACACUUGCGUUAGCGAGGUGAUAAAAAUGCUAACCUCAAAUGAUCUUGGAAACACCGACCCUGAAAUUAAAACCAAGCUGAUCGACCAUUUAGCAAACAAACUAUGUACGCCAAUAUACCCAAACCCUGCCCAGAGUGAAUCUCCGGGUUCGAUGCAAACUCAUGAUGUUUUAAAUUCCACUGUCGAUCGCUUUGGUAAAAACAGACUUGGAGUUCUAAAGAAACCGUCGGAAGACCUGGGAAUAAGUCCACAUGUUCAGCAAUACAAUCCAAAUUCAGAGAUAUCUGCGAACGAGCCUAGUCUCGUCUCCUCUCCUAAUGUGGUGGGCGCAAGUCUCGUCUCCUCUCCUAAUGUGGUGGGCGCAAGCCCUCAACCUAUCUACCAAGUGACCACGGUGCCAUUCAGCAACUUCAGUCCCUCAGACAACACAGUAAAGUCAUCCAUGGAUUCAAAUCAGUUGACGACAUCCCAUUCAAAUAUUUCAACGGUGCCUCUAACAAUUCUUGUCCCAGCUAAUUUCUGCUCAACCCAACUUGGAACUACUUUCUGCUCAACUCAACUUGGUACUACUUGUAUGAUACCGGUAGCGUGGACCGGUGCUAGUUCAAACUAUCCGCAGCAACAAACUAAUGACUAUUCCACUAUCGGUGCGCCUUUGUCUUCCUAUGUUUCAAACAUAUCUCCACAACAACUACUGAAUCUCUCUCCGCCGUUUGGUUCGCAAAUCACUCCAAUUCAAACGUACACUAUUCCAGAAAAUGUGCCUGACAGUGAAAUGGACACAGCUGCAACAUUACAAACCAUAACUUCCGAUCAGAUUGAGUCAUCAGUGGUCAAAGAUAAUAACAGUAAAGGUAACGAGACCAGAAAUAGCCAUGAAAUGGUUGGUGUUAAAUUUUAUAAACCAAAAUCAAGUGUUAUUCGACCUACACCUUUGUUCAAAGAAAGAUGCAACAGGUCAGACACCGUCAGUUCAAUCGUCUUUGAUGGUAACCAGACACGCGAUACAGCUAUGAGGACGGACCGGGCUAGUGCUGAAGAAUUCAGAGAAAAGGUGCAAACAUUUCAGAGUAACACUACCACCACCACCACCACUGAUCAUACUGGGAGUAUUCGUUCUAACGUGAUACAAGCCCAUAAUCCAAAUAAUAGAAGUGAUGAAACUGGUGGUCGUGAUAAUGAUAAUAACCCGCACGUAGAUUCAAGUGUUUGGCGUCCAUGGUAGAUUCAAGUCUUUGGUGUCCAUAGUAGAUUCAAGUGUUUGUCGUCCAUGGUAUAUUCAAGAGUUUGGCGUCCAUGGUAGAUUCAAGUGUUUGGCGUCCAAGGUAGAUUCAAGAGUUUGGCGUUCAUAGUAGAUUCAAGUCCAUGGUGAACAAUGAUAUUUAUUUAAUUGAUAUCGUUUAAACGUGAAUCAUGUUUUCGCAAAUUUAGUGUUACAAUUAAGAUAAUUUCUUUUGUUUAAGUUUUUAUAAUUAAAAGGCUAGCAACCUUAUUGAUAACUAUUUUGUUUUUUUAAACAUAUUCUGUGAUAAUAGAGAAUUUAAUAUUAUUUUGAAAAAACCUUACAUAUCGGUGUUCAUGUGAUAUCAUAAAUGUUAUAUUGAAAAUAUAUUGCUCGUUUUUGAAAUAAAAAGAACACGUUUUA